CAGCUGAGCUAAAGCAGAACUGUCAGACUGACCCAACUGCUGCUUAUAUACAGGCGCAGUGGAUGUGGCUCCCGGUCUCGGUCGGAACUUCAACAGGACAGUGGUUGUUUUAUUAGUAUUUUGCCGGCUUUUUAUUACUUACGUUCGCAUUGAGAGAUUUGUUUGGGAUCGUACCACAAUAACCAUUGUUAACGGGUUUUCGCCAUGAUUUAAACUGAGGCGACACACCUUUUUAAAGAGGUAUCUGCGUUCUGAAUCAGUAUCCGUACUUUCUAUUAGUAUUUCAUGUUACGCCUCAUGAUGGACACGGAUGUCAUUCAUUUGAGCUUCUGGGGUGCUUUACCUGGCGAGCUUAAGAUUUAGCUUGCAAAGCGGUGUGUGUGAAUGAGCUUGUAGCGCACACAUCCUGCCAACAGUAACCUUCAAGCUAACGUCAAUGACAGCUAGCAUUUAGCUGGUGGGAGUUGGAGGAUAGCGGGAUUUCUGAGAGAGAGUUUUCAUCGUUCGUCAUUUGCGCGUUUGCAGAGGGAUGCAUGAACGCGAUGCAUUAAAUAACGAAAGGGACAAUUUGCAUGUCGAGAUCCGGUGGAGCGCCGCUGAUUCUGAACAGCUUGUGUCAAGACAUCGCCACAGUGCCACGCACCGAGAGGGAUUUCAUUCAUCCGAGCCUACUCGCUAAACAUGGCCUCUGCAGCCUGCAACCUUGCUGCAACCAUCGCCAGCAAAACCAAGAAGAAACAUUUCGUGUCUCAGAAGGUGAAGCUGUUUCGGGCCAGCGACCCGCUGCUCAGCGUCUUGAUGUGGGGAGUGAACCACUCGAUAAAUGAACUCAGUCACAUUCAAAUUCCUGUUAUGCUGAUGCCUGAUGACUUCAAAGCCAACUCGAAAAUCAAGGUGGACAACCACCUCUUCAACAAAGAGAACAUGCCAAGCCAUUUCAAGUUUAAGGAGUACUGUCCACUAGUCUUCCGCAAUCUAAGGGAGCGGUUCUCCAUUGAUGAUCAGGAAUAUCAGAACUCCCUGACACGCAGGGCCCCGAUUCCCAGUGACGCUCAGGGCCGCAGUGGAGCUCGUUUCCACACUUCAUACAACAAGAGGUACGUCAUCAAGAUCAUCACAAGCGAGGACGUUGCCGAGAUGCACAACAUUCUGAAGAAGUACCACCAGUAUAUAGUCGAGUGCCAUGGAAACACGCUGCUCCCUCAGUUUCUGGGCAUGUAUCGCCUCACAGUGGAUGGAGAUGAGACCUACAUGAUCGUCACUCGCAAUGUUUUCAGCCACCGGCUGCCUGUUUACAAAAAAUAUGACCUGAAGGGAUCCACUGUGGCAAGAGAGGCUAGCGACAAAGAAAAGCCCCGCCCACCUGAUGAGGCUCCAUCCAAAUCACGCAUGAGCCAAAAGCUACAAACCAUCCGGAUUGCCACACGCUUUUACUGCGCCAUAAGACACACCAAGGAGCUUCCAACUUACAAAGACAAUGACUUCAUCAAUGACGGCCAGAAAAUCUACAUAGAUGAGGAAAACAAGAAAAUGUUCCUGGAGAAACUGAAGAAUGACGUAGAGUUCCUGGCCCAGCUGAAGCUGAUGGACUACAGUCUGCUGGUGGGGAUCCAUGAUGUGGAGCGAGGGGAGCAGGAACAGCCCGAGGAGGAGAGUGAAGACAAUGAUGCUGGCGAGGAGGAGGGAACGGAGAGCGACGGAGGGGCCACUGGCUCCCCACCAGACAGCCCCAGUAACACACUAGACAGCAAUAGACCUCUGGGCCCGGGAGAGUUUGACCCCGUCAUUGACGUAUAUGCCAUCAAGAGCCAUGAAAAUGCUCCUAAAAAAGAAAUUUACUUCAUGGCGGUGAUUGACAUUCUCACACCAUAUGAUGCCAAGAAGAAAGCAGCCCAUGCAGCUAAGACAGUCAAACAUGGGGCAGGGGCAGAGAUCUCCACGGUCAACCCCGAGCAAUAUUCAAAGCGCUUUUAUGACUUCAUCACCACCAUCCUGUCCUAACCGCAGAAUCACAGGUGGUCACAUAUGAGCUCAUAUCCUAAGAGAGGUUUCGCUGGUCUAACCGAUACAUUGUCUCUCUGCCGCUUGUCAAAGGAUCACUUCUGAGAUCAAUCAAGAUCUUUUUUUUUUUUUUCGUUUACAGUUUCUUUUUCCUCCUCUGUUCGGUUUCUCAGUAGGUUUAUGGCUCCAUGUGAUGUGAUAUAGUCAUGCAUAUAUAGCGUUCUGUAUCUUUGUGUUAGAUAUUGUUGAUUGAGAAAUGGAGUAAUGUUGUUUGUGCCCAGCUACGUGGUAUGAUUAUCAUACUGGAAUUCUCAAAGCUGCUUAUAUAUUUAUUGUCCUUUUGUUUUCUCUAGAGAAAAAUUCACUGUUCUUAAAGGAGUAGUUCACUUUUAAAAAAAAACUUUUGCUGAUAAUUUACUCACCCCCAUGUCAUCCAAGAU